GGACGGCACGGAUGCGCAAACGAGAUCCCCGCGUUCGUGAUCCUGAUCCUGAACUUGCCACUGAACGAGCGGCGGCGAACGACUUUCGGUCCUUGAGACGGUCUGCGCUGACUCCCGGCGAGCGAGCUCAGUCGAACGGCCAUCGAACUCGUUAUUCUUUGCAUUUGCAUGGUCGAGUUCCUCCCUUGUGAUAGGCCGUGCCAUGCCAGAUUGGCCAUUGUACUGAGAAAGAGUCGAGGGCGGAUGAUAUUUGACCCCCCACUCCUUCCUCCUCAGUCCCUGGCUUUCCUCGGUUUGUGUUUUUGAAACGGCACCUACGUCCUCAUCUCCUUCCGGGAACGCGCUUUCACACCUUAUCCUCCAGCUUGGUAUACCCGCCAUAGCUAUCGCUCUCCAUACCAACACUAUCAUAGCCAUAGCUAUAGCCAGCACCGCUGCCGAUAAUAGUACUCGGAGCCUCAGCUUCAGUUUCCAGAUCCCAAACCAUAGACCCAGAGAAGCGUAGGAAUGUCCAUCCCCCUCGACCUCAUCAUCCGGAACGGCAUCGUCGUCACAGCCUCGGACCAGGUCCCUUGUGACAUAGGGAUUAGAGAUGGGAAGAUUGUGUUGUUGAUGGUGGGUAUACCGCCGCAGGAGGGUGUAGAGGAGAUUGAUGCGGAGGGUGGGUGUGUUACGCCUGGUGGGGUUGAUAGUCAUGUACAUGUCGCACAGUCGGCUGCGAAGGCACUUGGUGCCCAGUCCGCGGACGACUGGGAGAGCGGGACGAGGAGUGCCCUCGCCGGCGGAACAACAACCAUCCUCGCCUUCGCCGUCCAAAACCGGGGCGACUCCCUCUCCGUCGCAGCCUCCAACUACCAUACACUCUCCGACGAUCACUCGCUCUGCGACUUCGGCUUUCAUCUGAUCGUUACGGAUCCGAAUUAUGAGCAGAUGCAUGUCGAGCUGCCGGCGCUGGUGGAGCGGGGGAUCACGAGUGUUAAGAUCUAUAUGACGUACGCGGCGUUGAAGUUGAACGAUGGACAGAUUCUGGAUGUGCUUCUUGCGGCGAGGAAGUAUGGUGUGACCACCAUGGUGCACUGCGAGAAUGCCGACGUCAUCGACUGGAUGACCAAAUCCCUCGAAUCCCGAGGCAUGACCCAACCCUGGCACCACGGCACCUCCCGUCCCCCCCUCGUCGAAUCCGAAGCCACCCACCGCGCCCUAUCCCUCUCCGAACUCCUCGACACCCCCAUCCUAAUCGUACACGUCUCCGCCCCCGACGCCGUCUCCCACAUCCGUAAAGCCCAAACUAGGCUCCUGCCCGUGUACGCGGAGACGUGUCCGCAUUAUGCGGUGUUGGAUGGGCGGGCGAUGCGCACGGGGGGUAUUCAUAGAGAGGGUGAAGGGGAGGAGGGGAGGUUUGAGGGUGCGAAGUGCGUUUGUGCGCCGCCGUUGAGGGACGAUCCGAGGGAUAAGGAGAGGAUUUGGGAGGGCCUUGCGAAUGGGACGUUUACGGUGUUUUCGUCGGAUCAUGCGCCGACGCGGUUUAAUGAUCCCAGGGGCAAACAGCUCGGCCUAACAGCGGACCCGACGAAACACGCACACGGCCUGGGCAAUUUCAGGUAUAUACCGAAUGGACUGCCGGGCGUGGAGACGCGGACGCCGAUCUUGUGGAGCGAGGGCGUGCUCAAGCGGAGGAUAUCGCCGCAGCGGUUCGUGGAGCUCAAUUCGACCAACGCCGCGAAGCUUUAUGGAAUGUAUCCGCAGAAGGGAACGAUCCAGCCAGGAAGCGACGCAGAUCUGAUCAUCUGGCGCCCCGCACACAAACGCAAGCCGUACACCAUCUCGCAAUCCAAGCUCCACCACGGCGCAGACUACACCCCCUACGAAGGCCUCGUUCUCGAAGACUGGCCGCGCUACACUAUCCUGCGCGGAAAAGUAGUCUAUGACGGAGAGACGAACGAGGUGCUUGCGAAACCUGGGAAUGGAAAGUUUUUGGUUAGGGGGAAGAGUUCGUUGCCAGGUCCGAGGAACGUGUGGUUGAGCGAGUGGAGGCCUGAGUGAAUUUGAGGCGUGGAGACGAGUUAGAGACGAGUGGGCGGUGAUCGUGACGUGUAAUCAGAGCUGUAUAAUCAGGCCUAUGUAGAAUUACAAUCAGAA